AUGAUUGCCAAUGUCAAGGCUAGGGAUCUGAGGAAUAGUAUUUCGUUUUGCGCAGGGGUGGCUGUUGGCGGUCCGGGGAGUGACAUGCUUGCGGUGAAUAUGAUGUGGCGUGCGGAUGGGAAUCGGGCGAUGGAGGAAGUGAAGUUGAGGGAGAAGACCAAGUGGACGCGGCGAGCACCUAGUUGGUCUUGGGCUUCGUUGGACGGACCGGUGGCGUGGGAGCCGUUUGUUCCGGAGGGGAGGGUGGAAUGUUGUGUGGAGAUUGAAGGGGGUGUGCCGUCUGGAGUGAUGCCUGAUGAUCAAAUGGUUAGAGAGGCGAGGCUGUUAUUGAGGGGCCUGACUGUGGAGGUGGUGAGAUCUUCUGGUGAGAGGUUGGGGGAUGUGGGUUGUGAUAUCCAUGCUUAUGUGAUCGAUUUUGAGAAGCAUUCUGCGUGCUAUGCUCUGUUGGGUGGUGAUGUCGAGGAGGUUCUUGGUUGGGGGGUGUUCGAUCGAGGGGAUAGGGUUGCUGGCCCUUUUAUGGCGGUUGUUGUGUCCCGGAAUGUGGACGAAGAGGAUGAGCAGAAGCAGUCUCUGAAUGUGCUGUUGGUUAAGCAAAAUUCUGCUGAGCUUGGGGAUCUAUACGUCCGGGUUGGCAUGGGCGAGUUAACAAAGUUUGUGAAUUGUAAGUUUAAAAAGAGGGAGCUGAUUAUUGCGUAG